ACACAGCUGGAGGAGGAGAGGGAUCCAGAUGUUUGACAGCGUGGGGAAUUAUUAGGAUUAUUAUGAUGAUGAUGAUUAUUAUUUGCCAAAAUAAUGUUCAUCAAACCAUUUUUAAGCUUCACCGCAACCAAUUACAAGAUCAACUCAAGUCGUCUAAUAUAAGAUAAUACAACUCAAAGGGGCCCCUGCGACCAACUCUUGGGUUUGCGACCCACCAAUUGAGAACCACUGGUCCAAAGCAACAUCCACUCUUGGUCUGUAGGGGGCAGCAUUGAGGUCUAUAGGCCACUGCAUUCCGGAAACUCUGAAGAAGAAGAAGAAGAACGCAACAGCCCGAAGAAGGAAAGAAGAACAACGUGACAAGUCGAUCCCCUCACUGUCCUCACACAGAGAUGCAGGGAGCGGAGCAGCCUCAUCCUCUGUUUGGAGGAGCACUGUCAGCAGUCAUCCCCCACACCGCCACAGACAUCAGCGAGCUGAGGGAGAUCCCGGACAACCAGGAGGUGUUCGCCCACACUCACACCGACCAGAGCCUCAUCGUGGAGCUGGUGGAGUACCAGGCCCAGGUGGCAGACCAGGACUCCGCCAGGUAUCACUUUGAGGACAUCGCAGGCAGCAACAAAGCUCUGGAGGCGGGGGCCUGUGCGGUGAUCAGUGUUGUGGCUCUGCCCAAAUCGGACCUGUCCCUGUCCCAGUGCAGCUCAGCCUGGAUGCUGACGGGGACGCAGAGUGUGUCCAAGUUCAACGAGGAGGCGAGGAACGCGGUGACCCUCCACCUGGGUGUGUUCCGCCUGCCUCAGUUCUCCACAGACGUCCUGAUCACCUUCAAUGACCCGCAGAGCAUCAGCCCUGACAGCACUAGUGCAGCAGCUCUGGAGACACACAAACUGCCGUGGAGCCUGCAGGACUUUCAGCGCUUGUUGCAGACUCUGACUCUGCACAACCCCGGGCUGUUUGAAUAGAACCACUGGCAUCCUCACCUGAUUACAUUCAUUCUAUCUCUGUGACACUAGUGUGCUACAUUCAAACCCACCAGGACUGUGCUUAUCCUGAGGCCCCAUGAUAAACAGACCUGUGGGAUGCUCUUGAGUCUCAGCCCAGAAGACUUGCAAGCAGUUUUUCCGAAUACACAUUCUGUUCCACCUCUGACUUUGUCGUACAUUGAAAAUGAACUGAAAAAAACAAAUGAUCACACAACGUGAAGUUAUGUCUAUCAUAAUACAUUUAAGAAGAAAAGAAAAAGACUAUUCCAUUAUUUUUGGAUGGCCUGAGUAAGGCUUAUUCAUAAUUUGAAUGAGUUUAACCUGCAGAUAAGAUUUCAGACAAAUAUCAGACAUGCAGAUUCUCCACUUUUGUUUCCCAAGACUUGAGAUAAGAUGAUAUGACCUUUAUUGAUCCUCCGUAGAGGAAAUUCACAAUCGACGCAGCAGUAAAUGUAGUAAAAUAUUAAAAUGAAUACAAAUUUGUUCUCCUAAAUGUGCAAAACAAAGAUUGGGAUCCUUUUUGUGAAA